AUGGCUACACCCUGUCGUAGGCCAGUACUGUCUUGUGGGAAGGAUAACACAGCAGCAGUGCCAGAAAGAGAUAACGCCUUGGAGAUGAGGAUGCCCCCAUCUGCUGGCCACUGCCUGCCUGUUUAUGCACCCCAGACCCAUGAGCACAACCCCAGCCGGCAAAUCAUCCAGAUCCUUGGAGCAGAUCGCUCAGGACUCAUUCUACCAGUUGAAUCAGUUUCAGAGCCAAGUGAGGAAUUAGAUUCCAUCACCAGUGAGCUACAGGCAGUAGAAAUUCAGAUACAAUAACUUCUGGAAAGACAACAAGAGCUUAUUCAGAAAAAGACUGCCCUAAAGAAGAGAAUAAAGCAGUUUCUAGAAGAUCCAGGUGCUGGAGCAAGCUCAGAAUUUGAUUCUUCACCUGAGAGCUGGAAUAAACAAGAUUUUCCAUGGUCUGAGAAAGUUAAAGAUGCUAUGCAGAAUGUCUUUAAACUGCAAAAGUUUAGACCUCUACAGCUUGAAACUAUUAAUGUGACAAUGGCUGGAAAGGAGGUAUUUCUUGUUAUGCCUACUGGAGGUAGAAAGAGCUUGUGCUACCAGCUACCAGUAGUAUGUUCUGAUGGUUUCACACUUGUGAUCUGCCCUCUGAUUUCUCUUAUGGAAGAUCAGUUAAUGGUUUUAGAACAACUGGGGGUUUUAGCUACUUUGCUAAAUGCUUCCAGCACUAAGGAACAUGUGAAAUGGGUUCAUGCUGAAAUGGCAAAUAAAAACUCUAAGCUGAAGCUCAUUUAUGUUACCCCAGAGAAAAUUGCUAAAAGCAAAAUGUUUAUGUCAAGAUUGGAGAAAGCCUAUGAAGCAGGAAGAUUCACCAGAAUAGCUGUGGAUGAAGUUCAUUGCUAUAGUCAGUGGGGUCAUGAUUUCAGGCCUGAUUAUAAGGCACUUGGUAUCUUAACACGACAAUUCCCCAAUACAUCACUAAUUGGGUUGACAGCAACUGCUACCAAUCAUGUUUUGAAGGAUGCCCAGAAAAUUCUGUGUAUUGAGAAGUGCUUUACAUUUAUUGCAUCAUUUAAUCGGCCAAAUCUUUAUUAUGAGGUUCGGCAAAAGCCCUCCAACACUGAGGAUUUCAUUGAGGAUGUUGUGAAGCUCAUUAAUGGGAGAUACAAAGGACAGUCUGGAAUUAUAUACUGUUUUUCUCAAAAGGACUCUGAGCAAGUCACAAUUAGUUUACAGAAGCUGGGAAUUCAAGCAAGUGCUUACCAUGCAAAUAUGGAACCAAAAGACAAAACCAAAGUUCAUAAAAAUUGGUCAGCAAAUAAAAUUCAGGUAGUAGUGGCAACAGUUGCAUUUGGUAUGGGAAUUGAUAAACCAGAUGUGAGAUUUGUUAUUCAUCAUUCAAUGAGCAAGUCUAUGGAGAAUUAUUACCAAGAGAGUGGACGUGCAGGUCGAGAUGACCUGAAAGCUGACUGUAUUUUAUACUCUGGUUUUGGAGAUAUAUUCAGAAUAAGUUCCAUGGUGGUAAUGGAAAAUGUAGGUCAACAGAAACUUUAUGAAAUGGUGUCAUACUGUCAUAAUAUACACAAAUGUUGUCGUAUGUUGAUAGCUCAACAUUUUGAUGAAGUGUGGAAUUCUGCAGCUUGUAACAAAAUGUGUGAUAACUGCUGUAAAGAUAUUUAAUUUGAAAAGAAGAAUGUAACUGACCACUGCCAACAUCCAAUUAAGAUACUGAAACAAGCAGAAAAAUUGAAUGAAAAACGAACGCCACUGAAACUUAUUGAUGCUUGGUUGGGAAAGGGUACAGCAAAAUUGAGAGUAUCUGAUGUUGUACCCCCAAAACUUCCAUGUGAUGAAUUGGAGAAAAUUAUUGCUCACUUCAUCCUACAACAGUAUCUUAAAGAAGACUUCAGUUUUACAGCAUAUGCUACUAUUUCAUAUUUGAAAGUAGACCCUAAAGCUCAUCUUCUGAACAACGAGGAACAUAUAAUUACCAUGAAAGUAAAGAAAAAUACAAAGGGUUCUUCCAAGGUUGAAUCAUCGCAGGUUUCGAAUUCUGAAGCAGAGAGAAAGAUGAAAGAAAAAUAUUUGGGCAACUUCCAGAAUACCAGUGUAAAAAAGCAUGGAAAUCAGCUUAAAGAACUCCAUUCUGAGACAACAAAGGCAAAGAAAAGGAAAUUGGAUAACUUAAUCACUGAAUCAAUUUUUUAAGAGAAGGGCACAAUUUAUAAAAAGAUAGCACUCACUU